ACUUUGAAAAUGCCUGAAUGGGUUCGUGUUGGAGAUGAUGUUGGUGCAGUUAUAAUAGAACUCGGCACUUGGUACUUUCGUAUUGGCUAUGCAGGAGACGACUCUCCAAAGCUACUUAUUCGCAACUUGUAUGGUGUGAAUAACAAAGGAAGUGUGGAGCAAUUGUCUUGCAAAAGACUUAGAAAGGGAGGCAGUUUAUUGGAAGAACAAGUAGUCAGUACGGAUACGAUUGCGUCAGCACAAGAACAUAGUGUCACACCGAGUAAUACGUUGGACGCUAUGAAUGAAACUAGAGUACAGGAAGAAGGUUUACAAGUCUCGGAACCAAAAAAGACAAGUUACUUUACCCCUUCUUUUGAAAGUCCGUAUUUAUUUUUUUGCGAUCAAUGUCCCUUUGAUUGGCAAUUUUAUGAAAAAGAUUGGUCCUUGUCAGAGUUGUUGAAAAAAGAUGGUACUCUGAGUGACUGGCAAGCUUUUUGUUGUCUUUUAAAGCAAGCUCUUACUUUUCUUUGCGUCAAACCGGAGGAUAGUGCUUGUAUGUUUGUUGAAAGUGAAAGAGGUCUACAGCGGGAGACCUAUUUACAGCUAUCGAAGAUAGUUUUUCAAGAAUUGUCCAUGCGUGCCACUUUUAUUCUUAAUCAUGCUACAGCAGCAACUUUUGCGUCGGCAAGAACCACUGCCCUAGUUGUCUGUGUAGGCCACAAAGGCACAAGUGUAGUUCCUGUUGUAGAAGGUUUUUCAUUGAAUCGAGCUACAGUGAAAAGCAAUUUAGGAGGAGAGUUUCUUACGAGAAUUUUAUGGAAAUAUUUUAAUGAAUAUUCAGAAGUUAUUGAUAAGGAAAAGAUAAAGCCUCAUGGAAACCUCGACUUGGAAAGCCUCAAAAUACAACGCCUUGUGGAAGAUAUAAAGCAAUCCGUUUGUGGCUUAUGGAAUAAGAAAGAAGAUAUUGUAAAUAGUCAUGGAGUACCCGUAGAAAUAUUUCAAUAUGAAUCAGCAAAAGGACAGUUCUUUCGAAUUUCUCGUGAACUUUCAUGGAAAAUACCUUUUGUUGUUUUUCAGCCUUCUUCAUUGAAUGAACCACCUCUUAACGGUCUAUGUGUGGACUUUGUUAACGAAGACGGAAGUAUUGAGAACAUAUACCAGACAGAUGGUAUAUGCGACAUGGUUCUAAAUGCUUUGCGGAAGUGUGAUCCUGAUGUUCGCAGGGAUCUUAUUGGAAACAUCCUUCUCAUAGGAUGCAGUACUUUAUUUCCAGGUUUUACCAAAUGCUUUGAAGAUUUGUUAUUGGAAAAAAUGUCGCCUAUGUACCGUGUAAGAACAAUUUCAGUUAUGUUACCGGAAGAGAGGGUAUUUGCGUCAUGGAUUGGUGGUUCCAUUGUAGCUUCCUCAGUUACUUUUCAGCAGUUUUGGUUUUCUCGAGAAGAGUUUAUGAGAAGUGGACCUGAACUGAUCUUGGAUAAACUUAUCUAAUGUGUUUUAAAUUUAUAGAAGAGGGUUUAUUAUCCUGGAAAGUUUCGUUGUCAUUAUUUUGGAUUUAUCACAUAAAUAUCGACUUCUCGUGAGAGGAGGAUAUAGAAUACGAAAAAAUAGCGAAUUUGUUUUCAAACUUAAGUUGUUUCAUUGAAAAGAAAUCUCUUUUAUGGCAGUUGAAAUGGCGUUGAAAACAAUAGCACACUAAUAUAUCGAGGAAAGUUAUAAGUUGCAAGUAAACUCCUCAACACCAAAAUUAUUCGUUUGUUCUAUUUUCUAUCCCCCAAUAAGUUUCUUUUUUUGAUAUUUUUCGAUAAAACUAUCUUCUACUGU